ACCUCAGAGAUUUUAGGGCGUGUGGGAUCGAGGUCAGUAGCUAGGGCUCAUGCGGCUUCUUCCUCUAGCUUGGAUCCUCACUGCGCUGUGUCGCCUCGUUUGCAGAUAGAUUUCUGCUAGUGUCUGCGCUGCGAAAUUCUUUCUUGUUUCUUCUUCUUGCCGGGGAUCAUUUGGCCAAUGCAGCAGCUCAAGUGAGAAUGGACACUGGGCGUUACUCUAGCAGCGCUGUGGAGGGCUAUGGGCUUCGCUACGAGCAAAGUGACCGAUUGAGUUAUACUGCGGAUGAUGAUGUCGGCUAUGAAGGAGCGGCAUUCUACCACCAAAACGAGUAUGGGGGCUCUUGGGCCUCUGCCCAAGACUAUGGAAGACGAGGCUCUUCGAAGUGGUCGUCUUACGAGGACAAGUACUCGACGCAUGGAACUGAAGAGCAUCCAAGGGGUGGCGGUCAGUUUGAGCGCGAGAGGUAUCGUCGAGGUAGAGACUGGCAUCGAGACCGAGAGAGAAGUAGAAGCAGGAGUAGGAGUAGGAGCCGAAGCAGGAACAGGGACCGAAGCCCAGCUCGUGAUCGAGGACGUGAUCGCGUGGUUUUUUCUGGCUAUGACGACAAGAGCAACUCAAGUUCUUCCUGGAACGGCUACGGACGAGAUACAGCGUACGAGGAACACGGAAACUUGCAGUACGAUUCAAAGAAACAGCUCAACGACAGAGGCCGAUACGAUUUUCCUGCAGUUGCUCCUUCAGCUACGAUUGUUGUCAAGGGACUUUCACAAAAAACCGGGGAGCACGAUCUUUACGAGGCCUUCGCCAUCUGGGGCCCCUUGAAGCACGUUCGAGUGAUCAAAGAGCGAAUUUCUGGCGUUUCUCGUGGUUUUGCCUUCGUAGAUUUUCCGUCCGUGGAAGCUGCACAGACGAUGAUGGCUGAGGCUUGGGAUGAAGGCAUGGUUUUGGAUGGCCGCAAGCUCUGCUUUGAAUACAGUAGCAAGCCAACUGCUGGACCUGGGGGACUUCCUGGCGCAAGACAACCGGGCCGAGAAGUUAAUGACUGGAUAUGUACUUUGUGUGGAUGUGCAAAUUUUGCACGCCGUGUAUUAUGCUUUCAGUGCAACGAAAAGCGUGCGGAGGAUGCACCACUGGCGGAGGUUCCGAUCAGCGCCGGAAGGAAGUUUUCAGAUCCUGGUCCGAGCCAAGUCUUGCUUGUCCGGGGCUUAGACAAUAGCAUCGACGAGGAAAUACUCAGCAACGAGUUUUCCAAGCACGCGUCACUGAAAGAAGUUCGGAUAGUCAGGGAUAGGCAUACUCAGCUCUCUCGGGGAUACGCUUUUGUUUCAUUUCACUCGAUUGAUGAUUCUACAAGGGCCAUGAACGCUACAAACGGAUGUGUUUUGGAGAGAAACAGCCAGAUUCUAAGAGUAUCAUAUGCCAAAAGCUUAAAUGGAUACUCUGCUCUGGCAAGUGGCAUAGCUGCCUCUGCAAUUGAGGCCGCAGCAUUCCCUCAACAAUACGCUUGGGCUCCGAAAGAGUAUAACCCGCAACAGCAAGAUGAUCAGAUUGGCGAUAGUGCUGCAACACCAGAGACCGGUUUCGUUUGGGACGAGGCGUCAGGUUACUAUCACGAUGCAGCAUCAGGGAUGUACUACGAUGCAACUCGAGGGCUCUACUACAGUGGAAAGGAUGGUGCGUGGUACAGUUACGACCAUGAAACCCAGGAGUACCAGCCGUAUGUCGACGAAAACGCCAACGAAAGCACUCAAGCUACUGCUGCUGGUGCUGAUACUGCUACUGCUCCAGAAAACGCUAGUACUUUGAAAGACGAGGACAAAGAAGACGCUGGUGACGAAAAGAAGCAGCCGAGUCUAGCGGAGUCCGUGGCUGCUGCUGCUCUUGCAGCACAGGCUGCCAUGAAGAAGGCAAAAGAACGAGAGAAAGACAUGCGUCUGGCUGCUGGGAAAAACCUGGGAAAGAAGAAGAUCAACGACGCAGUGAACGUGUGGAAGCAGCGGCAAAACGAGGCCCGAGCUCCUGUCACCACCACCACCACCAAGGCAAGCACAGCAGCGAAGGCGUUGGGAAGAUCUGGCGGUGAAAGCCAUGGAACAAUGAGCAACUUGGGACGUGGUGGAACUAAUCCAUUUGGUGGAGACUAUCAGCCAGUGCUAUCUACACCUGUUCUAGCAGCUGUGGAGCAAAGUUCCGUGAUCUCGAGCAGCACUACCGUCAGCAAUAGAGUAGAGCCCGUGAAGAUGACUCCGGCAACUCCACAACAGCGAAACAGUGUUUGUUCGUCCCAGCCAUUGUCGUCGAGAUCAGCAGCUCCAGCAAGAAGCCGCAGGAGAUUUAUGGAAGCUCCAGUAUCAAGAAGCUAAGUUACAAACUAUGUUAAAAUUGUGAUAAAUUUGUUUUUCCUUAACGAUUGCCCCGAGCAGCUUGAUGAUUGUAGCGUA